AUGAAGCUAAUUGCCAUCGCAAGCCUCGUCUCAGUGGCAUCAGCCGCUUCUGGAACUGCCACCUUUUACAAUGUAUAUGUUCCAUCUGCAUGCUAUGGAUACCAAGACAAGGGAACUAUGAUAGCAGCAGCGGGUGACUCGAUCUGGAACAACGGAGCUGCAUGUGGAAGAAGGUACAGGGAGGUGACUGGUGCUACCAACCAAGGUGUGCCUCAACCUUGCCGAAGUGGAACUGUCACCGUCACGAUUGUCGAUCGCUGCCCUUCUCCGGGAUGCCAUGCCACCAUUGAUCUCUCCCAAGAAGCUUUCUCUAAAAUUGCUAACCCUGACGCGGGAAAAAUCAAAAUUGAAUACACCCCGUAA